CGAGCCAGGCUUUUAGCUCAGAGCGGCGUGCGCAAGGGGGGACUCCACACUUAGCGAACAAUACAGAGUGAAGAUGGCUAAAGGUGACCCUAAGAAGCCGAAAGGCAAGAUGUCUGCCUAUGCAUAUUUUGUGCAGACAUGCCGUGAAGAACACAAAAAGAAAAAUCCUGAAAUCCCUGUGAACUUUGCAGAGUUUUCCAAGAAGUGCUCUGAGAGAUGGAAGACCAUGUCGGCUAAAGAGAAAUCAAAGUUUGACGAUCUGGCAAAGGCAGACAAAGUUCGGUAUGACAGAGAAAUGAAAGACUUUGGACCUGUAAAGAAAGGCAAGAAGAAGAAAGAUCCAAAUGCCCCUAAAAGGCCACCAUCUGGCUUUUUCCUCUUCUGCUCAGAAUUCCGUCCAAAAAUAAAAUCUACAAACCCUGGUAUUUCCAUUGGUGAUGUGGCAAAGAAGCUAGGUGAGAUGUGGAAUAACCUUAACGAUGGUGAGAAGCAGCCAUACAACAACAAGGCAGCUAAACUCAAGGAAAAAUAUGAAAAGGAUGUUGCUGAUUACAAAUCUAAAGGAAAGUUUGACUGUGCUAAAGGAGCCCCAAAAUUAGCACGGAAAAAAGAGGAAGACGAGGAUGAUGAUGAUGAAGAUGAGGAGGAGGAUGAAGAGGACGAAGAAGAUGAUGAUGAUUAAAGUUGUACAUUCUGUCCAUGUGAAUACCAUAGAGUAGGGGAACCGAAGUCAAUGACUCCAUCUUAAAUAAGGUGGUCAACUUGCCCUCAUUAGGUUUAAUUGCAAAAUUUGGUUAUGGAAUGUUUCAUAAUGAUGCUCUUGGGAUUGUAACUGGUUUACAUUAAGUAGCAGUGCGUGUUAACAUGAGCAAUAUGAAACUGUCAAAGCUGUACAUAUUUCCAAACAUUUUUUAAAGAAAAAAAGCGCUCUAGUGUUCUCCUCACUCUGUGCACUUUGCUGUUAGUGUAACAAAGCAUUUAAAAAUGUUUCAAGCAUUUUUUUAUUUAAGGUGUUACUUAAUGGUUAUUGAUUAGAAAAUCCUGGGUUAUGACUUGUACAUAUCUGUAAUCUGUAAACUAGACAAAUUCCUAUGGUGCAUAUUUCUUGGAGCUCUUGGUACCUCAGGGUUUACAAACUUCCCUGGACUAGGUCACCCUUUUCAAAGGGGGUUGUCCUUCUAGCCCAAAGCAUGCACAUGAAAUCAACUUACACUACAUUGGGCGUCUAUUUAGCUUAAAGUUGUCUUUCUGUAUAUAGUGAGAUUAGCAUUCUGCCAUUAGUUGUCGGAAGGGGUUCAGCUGGCAUGAGAAACAUUUAUGGGUUUAUUUUUUAGUUAAGUGCGGUAGUUUUUAAACAAAGACUGUAGACACUACUUUACUGACUGAAGUGAAGAGCGAGUGAGUACAGGAUCUGCAAGUUCAAAAACGUUCUGUACUUAUAUUUGCAUUGUUAUGUUUUUUAUGUUUAGAAUGCUGAAAUGUUUUUGAAGCAAAAAUAAAACAGUAUUACAUUUUUAAGACUGUUCUUGA